ACCGCGGCGAGCGCUGCCCGCGUGCAAGAUGGCGGCGGAGCGGCAGGGCGGGCGAGGCGGGGGGGAGGAGAACAAGGAGAACGAACGGCCGGUGGGAACCGGGGCUGAUGGACUCAGCGACAGCCUGGGAUUGGAGAUCCUUCAGAUUGUGAAGGAAUCCCAACAGCAGCACGGUUUACGACAUGGGGAUUUCCAGAGGUACAGGGGUUAUUGCUCCCGUAGGCUCAGGCGACUCCGGAAAACUCUCAACUUCAAGAUGGGGAACAGGCACAAGUUCACUGGGAAGAAGGUAACAGAAGAGAUCCUCUCAGACAACAGGUAUUUGCUGUUGAUUCUGAUGGAUGCAGAGAGAGCGUGGAGUUACGCCAUGCAGCUCAAACAGGAGGCCAACACGGAGCCUCGCAAACGAUUCCACCUGCUGUCCCGCCUGCGCAAGGCUGUGAAACAUGCAGAGGAGCUGGAGAGGCUGUGUGAGAGCAACCGAGUGGAUGCCAAAACAAAGCUGGAAGCUCAGGCGUACAUGGCUUACCUCACAGGGAUGCUUCGUUUUGAGCACCAGGAGUGGAAAGCAGCAAUGGAGGCAUUCAACAAAUGCAAGACCAUCUAUGAAAAGCUGGCCAAUGCUUUUACAGAAGAACAGGCUGUGCUGUACAACCAGCGUGUGGAGGAGAUCUCUCCCAACAUUCGUUACUGUGCCUAUAAUAUUGGUGACCAGUCAGCUAUGAAUGAGCUGAUGCAGAUGAGGCUGAGGUCUGGUGGCACUGAAGGUCUCCUUGCAGAAAAACUGGAGGCACUGAUUACUCAAACUCGAGCAAAGCAGGCAGCCACCAUGAGUGAAGUGGAGUGGAGAGGAAGAACUGUUCCUGUGAAGAUAGACAGAGUGAGGAUCUUCUUACUGGGCCUGGCGGACAAUGAAGCUGCUAUUGUCCAGGCAGAAAAUGAGGAGACAAGGGAACGUUUGUUUGAGUCUUUACUCAGCGAGUGCAGAGAUGCCAUUCAGGCAGUUCGGGAAGACCUGAAACCAGACCAGAAGCAACGGGAACACUCUCUGGAAAGCGACUCUGGGAAGGUGUCCAACAUGCAGUACUUACACAGUUAUUUGACUUACAUCAAGUUGUCGACCGCCAUCAAGCGCAAUGAGAGCAUGGCAAAGUCCCUGCAGAAGGCACUGCUGCAGCAGCAGCGAUCAGAAGAGGAUGGGAAGCGCACACCACGGCCUCAGGACCUGAUCCGUCUGUACGAUAUCAUUUUACAGAACCUCGUGGAACUGACACAGCUUCCUGGCCUGGAGGAGGACAAGAAUUUCCAGAAAGAGAUUGGAUUGAAGACACUUGUGUACAAAGCUUACAGGUGUUUCUUCAUUGCACAGUCCUAUGUGCUGGUCAAGAAAUGGAGUGAAGCUCUGGUUUUAUAUGAAAGGGUGCUGAAAUAUGCUGGCGAAGUUCAGUCAGAAGCUGGAGCUUUUACAAACAGCUUGAAGGAGCUGCCUGAUGUCCAGGAUCUGAUCACUCAAGUCAAUGCAGAGAAAUACUCCUUGCAAGCAGCAGCUAUAUUGGAUGCAAAUGAUAAUCAUGAGACCGAGUCUCCAUCUCAGGUCAAGGAUGGCAAGCCACUCUCAGAACGGUUUGAGACCUUCUGUCUGGAUCCUUCUCUCGUCAGCAAGCAAGUCAACCUCGUGCAUUUCCCUCCGGGCUUCCAGCCCAUCCCAUGCAAACCGUUGUUCUUUGACCUGGCCCUUAAUCAUGUUGCUUUCCCACCUCUGGAAGACAAGGUGGAGCAGAAGGCCAAGAGCGGCCUCACAGGAUACAUCAAGGGCAUCUUUGGAUUCAAAAGUUAACCAGGACCCCUCUGAGGAACAGAGGUUUUAUUCUGUAUUGAAGGCAAAGCUCCAAGAGGUUCUAAGACAUAAAUAUCUGCACCUGAAACCAACAGAGGGAGGCGUCACCAUCUUCUUCCCUGUGCUCUGUGUAUCUGUCUGUGCACUUACAUUCUCUCCCGGUGUAUUAAAGACCAGCAACCUGCUCAGAAACUGAAGUACACGAUAAAAAGCUGAAAAUAAUUGGGAGCACAGAAAAGUUCCAUUCUGCUCAGAGCACUUGCAGUGUGCGUUGUGGCCGUGCUCGGGGUCGGUACACAUUCACUUAGCGAGGCACAGACACAACUCGAUUCUUCCCCUGCCCUGUUAUUUGGCAUAGAUUUGUUGUUUGGUUUGGGUGUGAUGGGGGAAUGAGGCAAAAUUGAAUCAGCAAAGUGAGGCUGCCUAUACAAAGUGUGUGGAGAUGUAGCCAGGGUGGGCUUCUCCUUUCCUUUCAGCUCUCAGCCCCUGCUGAGGAGCAUAUAUAGUCACAUAAGGAGAAGUUUAUUGUUUAAUGCUCAGCAGUCACGAAGCCUCUUUCCUUAUCACUAAGGAUAGAAACUGCUUUACCAAAUGCUUGUGGUUACACCACUGAUGUUGGAGUAUGAGUGGAGUUUGUGCUUGGGGCUGGCAGGGUUGUUCUUUGUUGAUAGGAGCUCCGUUAGGUGAGUAAAUACAGUAUAAAACCUAUUCCUGCAAGGCUUUCCUUGGGAAGCUGCAGCUUCAUGGGUGGCUGUAGGGAUAACUGUUUGAUUUCAUGGGAAGUUGGGUCUCUUGGUGUUGAUUUUUCUCUCUCUGAUUGAAUUAUUGACUGAAAACAAAGAUGAUUUUUGCCUGUUGC